CAUUCCAGUUUUUCAAUCAUGGUUGUAAAAAAUGUGAUGGAAUCAAUAAAAUUUAAUCAAAUAAUUGCUAAUUCUGGAUCCAAUAUUUAGUGAUAAGUAAAAUCUGACAGCUCAACAGAUGUURCUGGCAUCACAGUGAUAUAAAAGCCUACAAUGUUAAGCAAUGGUGCACUGACUGCUGUAUUUUGUUGUCCAUUAUUAAGCUCUGUGUUUGGCUAGCUAGCUAGCCUAAAUGCUACAAUACUCUGCUAAAUAACUAAAGCAACAGGUAAUUUAAUUACAUAAGUUUUACUUCACCUGGUAGUCUCAUUUUUCCUCUUCUUCUCUCUCUCUUUUCUUCCUGGGGCARCAAACAAUUGACGUUUUGAUAUGACGCUUUCUGAAGUUAUUUCCAUUACAAAACUACAAAUCGGUGCAAAGCAGCAGCAGUGGAGGAGGGAUGGGCGCCAGGUGCAGGAGCAAACCAACAAGUAAAGAAAGAGGGUGGGGCUAAGCAAAUAAUCAUUAUAUUUAGAUGUAGUAUUUAAUAUUUUUAGCUAUGCAGCUAAGUCAGUGCAGAAUCUUACAUAUUUGAAGUUACAUUAAUAUUACUUUUUUGUUUGUUUGUUUGUUUUUCUCUUUUUUUAUGGGGCCUGCUAGUCUCCUCGUACCCUGAGCAUUUGUCUAUGCUACCUAAAAAAUAAUCUGUCCCUUGUGAAAGAUGAUCAAUGAAGGAAGACUAAAAUGGGUGUGAAGUUCAUCUAAAUUUGUAGGAAAAUGUUUUUUAUAUAUAAUAAAUCUUAACGUAAUUUAGCCUGGAUUUGUGCUGUUGCUGUUGUACAUAUAAACCACUCAGAAUCAUGUCAUAUUAAAAGGAACAUCUGUAAAAUCCGGUAUUUUAUGCCCCAACUACUCAUUUUGCAUUGUUAAGCUUGUACUUUUAAUUUUCCUUUUACAGUGAACAAAGUUCAUAUAUGUUUCUAAAGGUCUGUUGUUUUGUGAUGUUGACUUGAAUUUUUUAUUAUUUAUUUUUUUAAAGCAUUUGCUUAAUCAUUUGCUCUUCUGCAAACAGAUUGUUUAAUCUGUUCCUCCAACAAAUUUGAUGAUUUGUGCUGAUUUGAUGGUUUUGAUUAACUUCCAAUGUUCUCUGAAAUUGAAAAUGUUAUUUUUUUAUGCUGUCGGAAUCUGUGGUUUAUGUUAUGCCUUUAUGCUUAUGAGCUAUACGUGUAAAAUAAUGUCACAGAAGUCACUUCUGAGCACCAGCUUCCCUGCAAUCCUGCAAGGAUAAGCCGGUAUUGACAAAGGAUGAAUGAAAGGAUGCUUUCCUUAAAAAUCUAAUGUAGGCGUUUCUAAACUUUUCAGAUCCACUCCUUAUAAGUCCUUCUAUGACACCAUUCAGCUGUGGCACAUGUCUUGCAAACUUAGUCCCUUCGCCCAUAUUUCUUAUCUUUUACUAUCCUUUAAUCUCCUGCUUCCGGAUGGCGUGGGAGUUGCAUUCUGUCUAGCGGACAAAGGGCAAAGGGUGCAGUUGGACUCAUCCGGAGCCACCAUUUAUGAUUAGCAAGUUUUGGAGUGGAGUACAGAGAACCAGUGCAUGCACAAAAAUAACCAAUUUUACCUCCUCCGGGAUCUGAUUUACUCUUAAAGUAAAAAAAAAAAUCCCAAGUGUAGAUGUGUUCAUGUUUCAGAUACUUGACAAAGACAGUUGAGUCUAAAUCACUAUCAUCUGUUGUUGUGCUUGAUGUCAGUACAGAAUAAUCCAGUGAAAGUUUGUGAGAACGUGAGUCAUCUCUCUUCAACACUUGAUCUUUGAUACGCCUCUGUCACGAGAGCUAUAUGUGGAGGGAGGAGUAGAAAAGAGAGAGAGAGAGAGAGAGAGAGAGAGAGAAGAGGGAUUUUGUGAAUGAACUUCAGAUUCAAAUCAGAUGUUGUCUUGAAAGCGUCUUAAGGGCUGUGUACGGAUGUGGAAAGUUUUAGCCAAAGUUGAGGGUUUUCAAUCACCUUGUCAUGUAUUUGUGUCUUUACUUUGUCCUGGGACUGCUCUCAUCAAAAGGUUGUUUCUCUGGAGAUCCUAACCCCGAGAAGGUCGUGGCCUUUGCAGGUGAGAAUGCCAUCUUGCCCUGCAGUUUGAAAACCUCUGGCAGCGAUGAUUUGCCGACAGUGGAGUGGUCCAAGGAAGGCCUGAAGCCGAACGUGGUCUUCUUGUACCGCAAUGGCUUUGAGACGUUUGAGAUGAAGAACCUGGCCUUUGAGUUCAGGACGAGUCUCUUCAUGAGAGAGGUGAAAAACGGGAACUUCUCGCUGAGGAUCUCCAACCUGAAGCCGUCAGACGCCGGGAUCUAUCAGUGUUUGAUCAUCCAAGGGAACGGAAGCAGAGAAACCACCGAUGUGCAGCUGGUUGUUGCUGCAGUGUCUGACCCAAGGCUUUCAGUGGAUUCUGAUGAGAACCAGAGAGUGACGGCGGCCUGUGAGGCGACCUGCUGGCUACCAGCUCCGCUGAUGGAGAUUGUGGAUGAAAAAGGGAACAACAUCACAGACACUGUGGAGAUACGAAGAGCUGAUCCCACUGAAUGUUACACAGUGAGGCAAACGGCCACCGUGCAGAGUCACACAACCAG